AUUCUGCAUUCCUUAGUUUCUCACAUAUAUUUCUCUAGCUCUUGUGUUUGUGUUACACUGUCCAAAAUGGCCGAGGCACUCAUCAAGGUGCUUCUGGAACAAUUGGCUACAGUUGCUUUUGACCACACAAAAGAAGCUAUGAAGCUGAUUCUGAAUGCUGAGACUGAGGUCCAAAAAUUCAGCAGCAAUCUCAAAGCAAUUCAAGCUGUGCUGGAGGAUGCUGAGAAGCAGCAAGUGGAGAAGGCCAGCGUGAGAAACUGGUUGGAUGGGCUCAAUGAUGUCUCUUACGAGAUGAUUGACGUGCUAGAUGAGUGGAACACUGAAAUCCUGAAACAAAAAGCAUUGGGAGUCGUUACUGCUGAGAAAAAGAAAACCUUCAAGAAGGUAUGCUUCUCCAUCCCUUCGAAUUGCUUUUGUUUUCGCCAAGUCAAUAAGGCAAGUCAUCUGUAUAAAAUAGCUACUGAGAUAAAAGUGUUGAAUGGAAAGUUAACUCUGAUUGCUACUCAAAAAGAACAGUUUGAGUUUCAUCAAUCCUCAAUUCAUAGCAGAGAUGGACAACUUAUCAAACCGCUGGAAACUUCAUCAUUUGUCAAAAUUUCUGAAAUAUUUGGCAGAGAAGAAGCAACAGCUGAUUUGUUGAGCAAAUUGUUGAGUGAGAGUAGUGAUGAAGAAGGGAAAAGGGUCCUUAUCAUCCCUAUAGUGGGUAUGGGAGGGAUGGGCAAGACAACUCUUGCCCAAUUAGCUUACAACAAUAAAACUGUCGAAACGUGUUUUGAAGAGAGAGUAUGGGUUUGUGUCUCAGAUCCCUUUGAUGGGGUGAAGAUUGCCAAAGCCAUUAUUAGUGGUACUGGUAAUACCGCCCCAGAUUCAACAGUGUUGCAAGAUGUCUUGCAGUGUAUGUCUAGAUGUCUUGAGGGCAAGAAGUGCCUCAUUGUCCUAGAUGAUGUGUGGACCGAAGACCAAAGUGAGUGGGAAAGUUUAAAGUUAUCAGUAAUAAUGGAAGCUUGUGCUAAAGAUAGUAAAAUCGUGGUGACCACACGAAAAGAGAAAGUUGCGGAAAUUAUGGGAGCAACAACUCAAAUGAUCCAUUUAGAGAAGCUGAGUGAUGAAAAUUGUUUGGCAUUGUUCAAUAGCAUUGCGUUUUUGGGGAGGGAAGAGGAUAAGGAUAAUGGGUUUGGAGCUAUAGGUGAGAAAAUAGCAAAAAAAUGUAACGGAUUGCCACUUGCUGCAAGAACUUUAGGUGCUCUCAUGCACAAUAAGAAGAAAAGGGGAGAAUGGCAAGAGGUCUUGGAUAGUAAGAUAUGGGCUCUAAAAGAGGUUAAGCAACAAGUUUUUCGGCCACUUUUACUAAGUUAUUAUGAGUUGGCCCCUACAGUUAGACGUUGUCUUUUAUAUUGUGCUACAUUUGUAAAAGAUUAUCAAUUCAACAAACAAAAUUUGAUUGAGUUGUGGAUGUCACAUGAUUAUUUUAGCGGGAAAGACUAUAAAGAAAAGGAAACAACAGGUCAAUAUGUUUUCGAGACCUUAGUGAUGCGAUCGUUUUUCCAGGAUGUUGUGGAAAAAGAAGACUACUACAAUAUAAGCAGUAGUAUAUAUUGUAAAAUGCAUGAUAUUGUGCAUGACUUUGUGCUGUUCCUCAAUAAGAAUGAGUGCUUUACAGUGGAGAUUAAAGAAGCAAAUGCAAGAAGAAUGAGAAUAAGUGAGGAGCAGUGA